GGCAGCGUGGAGCCCCGCGCGCUCCCGCGACCCGCUGCUCGCGACAGAUGUCGGAAAAAGGGAGGCGCCAAAUAGGAAGAAGAUUCAGACUCAACUCUGCCGAGAGUGUGUGAAUGACAACAUAGCGUGACAGCACACUCGCAACAUCGGCGUCCACCCCAUGGACCUGUGACCCCCCAGCGGCGGCUUCUCCUCCCGGCGGACGGCACACAUCGUUUCCUGCGCGGGGCAAAGUUGGGCGGUGAGAGAGAGCGCGCCUAGCUCUGCUAGCCGGCUGCAGCUAACGUCGCCGAGCGGCUGAACUUUGGUCAAGUUUACGUUCCAGAAAAACAAGUUGGACAUGGAGGCGGACAGUGUGAGCGUAUGGCCGCGCAUGGAGCCCUUCUUGCUGGGCGCUCUGCAGCUGGCUCCCACCUCCAAGCUCAGCCUGCACUACCUGCGCAAGAUGGCUGUCUACGUGCGAACACGGGACGGCUGCUUUCCCGCCCUGGGCUGGUCCAUGUGGAGACACAUCGCCUGUGGGAAGCUGCAGCUUCCCGAAGACCUGGCAUGGCUAUACUUUGAGACGUUCGACCUGCUUUUGGGCCACGCUCCAGAGGAGAGACUGGAGCGGGCUGAGAGCAUGUCCCAGUGCGCCUCCAAAAGCGAGUUGGACCAGGAGAGAGCCAAGUUAUCAGUGGACACGCUGCAGUUCCUCCUCUUCCUCUACAUCCAGCAGCUGAACCGAGUCUCCCUGCGGACGUCUCUGAUCGGCGAAGAGUGGCCCAGCCAUCGCGCUCGCUCCCCUUCUCCGUCAGACAGAGAGACCAAGGCCAACUCUCAGAACAAGAACUGGGACGAUCAGGCCCAUCUGUCGUUCGUGCAAAGCCACCUGGCAGACAUGUUGGAGCUGCUGGUGGAGCCGGCGCAGUUAUCGGACUCAGGGCAGCCCCAAAGAGACAGCCAGAUAUCCCUGGAGGCCGCGCGGAGUUUGGGCCUCCUCCUGGAGGGCUCGGUUGGCUACGGGAAAGGUGUCCAGCCGGUCCACAGGCUGCUGACCAAAGGCCCGCUCCAAACGCAGUCGGGCUACUCCAUGCUGAGCCGCUCCUUCCCUCUGCACAAGCUCCUCUCGUGUCUCCAGCAGAACCUCGCCCUCAACCCGUUUGGGAUGACCGCCUGCCUCCGCUCGGGGAAGAAACUAGCGUGGGCCCAGCAAGUGGAAGGAGCCAUGAAGAGAGCCAAGAUAGCCCGGAACACCCACAUGGCCCCGCCUGGCAGUAAGAUGGUGCUGAUGUCCCAGGUCAUCAAACAAACGCUGGCCAAAACGUCCGACAAGCUGACCGGUGCCAACAUCAAGAUCCACAGAUGUUCUGAAGCCUUCAUAUACCUCCUGUCUCCGCUCAGAUCCGUCAGUGUGGACAAAUGCCGUGACAGCACAGUGGUUCUGGGUCCGGUCCAGACCAGCGUCCACGUCCACAGCUGCCAGAACGUACGAGUGGUGUGUGUGACCGGCAGGAUGGUGAUCGGAGCCUCCUCACGGUGCACCGUCCAUGCCCUGACCCCCACCUGCCCGCUACUGCUGCCCGGGAACUCGGACAUCACCCUGGGUCCGUUCCACACCUUCUACCCGUCCCUGGAGGAUCACAUGGCCAGUGUGGGGCUGGCCGUGGUCCCCAAUGUCUGGGACCAGCCCUUGGUUCUGGGAACGGACGGCCUGGCCAGCCCCCUGCUGGGCCCACCAUCCGGCUCCGACGGCGCCUGCUACCGCCUGCUGCCCCCGUCCGAGUUCCACACGCUGGCCGUGCCCUUCCAGAUGGAGGGCGAUACGUGCGAGGUGCCCGGCGGUCUGCCCUCCGCCUACCAGGCGGCGCUGAGAGAAAGGCAGCGCAGGAUACAGAGCUGGCAGAAGACCGUGAUGGAGGCCCGGCUGAACAAAGAGCAGAAGCAGCAGUUUCAGGAGCUGGUGGAAGCAAAAUUCCACGAGUGGCUUUUGGAAACCGGCCACCGGCGGGAGCUGGACAGCCUGAUCCCGCCCGCGGUGACCUCCAAGGGCUCGGACGGAGCAGCGACGGACUCCAGCCGGGCGAAAGACGGCAGAGCUGGCAGGCCGGACGGAGGGGACGGACAGCCAGCUGCUGCCUAUUGACCCUCUGAUGGGGGGGGGGGGGGGUCUGACCUGAUCCACUGUAGAAGCACUGCUGAUUCAGGCAGAACCUGUUAGGCAGUUUAGGCUUAGAAACGGCAGCUAAGUUAACGUGAGGAGCGUUCAGGAUGAGGUUACCAUGUUACAACAUAGCAAAGGCUGCUGUUUGUGGAACAAUACUUGACUAAAUGCACUGCAGAGCAUACAUGGAUUUCCACGGGCAUUUAAAGAAAACUACAUCUGUUGAAGGACCAACUGACUUGAACUGGGCUAAAAUAGAACUUUCUGACCUUUUUUUUUUAACCAACUGGUCCUAGUUGGCUUGGCCUAGAAAAACUGGGUUAGCAGCGUAAUUAUCUUCUAAGAAUCCAUUUCUUUUCCACCACAAGGCUUUAUCAUUAUCUUCCUGUUAGCAUCGUUUCUUCAUGUAGCUGAAGCUUUUCCCGGGUUUGUUCUGAUCUUCUUCAGAUGACCACAGUCCAGCUGGACUCUCUUUUCCAACGUGUACACACGCGAUUCUCAAACCGCGGUACGCAGGUACCACCGGUUGUUCUUGGGUGUUCUCCGUAGUUUUUUACAAGGUCGAUAUCAGUGUUAACUGUUAAAGGCUAAACUGUGACCCAAAGCGACCAGUUCUCUGUAGAGAAGAGUAGUGCAGGAUAUUCUGAGAAGAUGUAUAACCUCUAAGCGGACUUCACUCGCUGACUUGCACAUUUUGCCUUCCAGCACAUCGAAAGUUACCAGAGUCCUUCGUCACAGAGAGCUGCUGCAGCUCUGUGUUGGUGAGGGAAAAGGCACUGAAAACAUUUCUGCAAAAAUCUGCUGAGGCCUGCUGUCCCUGCUGCUGUAGCCACUCUGCUUCUGAUUAAGUGAAAGGCAAUAAAGGGUUUGCUAGAACCAGAAUACCUUGUCUUUGUCCUGCAGGGGUCUCAUUUGCAAAGCACAAAAUGGGGCGUGAAACGUGAGUGUGUCAUGUUCCACGCAAAAGUUGGGUUCUAUUUUAAAAAAACAAAAAAAACAGGAAAACACGCGCUUCCCUCGGCAGCUCUGACCCAGGCGUCCGCUCAUUUUGGAGGUAGGGGAAAUUGGUGGUGAAGUGGUGAAUUGCAGCCAGACUACAUCAUGAUUCCUCUGACGUUCAGUUCCACUCCACAUCAGACUUUAAUCAUAGAUCGACGUGAUCAUAAGCAUUCAAAACCACUGUUAUUCAUUCUCAUGCUGGUUCCUUGGCCUUCGUGGGCCUUUUAAAAUAAAAAAAAUGCCCAUAAGCCAACUUAAAUCUUAAAUGUCUGUAGAACAGUUUCUCGGGGUUUUCUACCACCACAUUCCUCUCUCCGAUGAUCACCAGGGUGACGUGUAACAAAGAUUAACAGAUCAUUGUGACAAGGUGUGUGGUGAUCACUUUAACUGCUGUAAACAGUCAAAUCCACUCGUGCGUAAAGCUGCUCAGUGGACACAUUGGCACUGUAGGGAGAGCUGCAGAUGGGUGAAUUGAGGAAACGUGGUUUCAGGGAUCAAAUCUUUUCUGGCCAUUGAUGACUGGCCAAUAUAUCGCUUUUGACUAAGCAUUGCAUUCUGCUGUAACCUACAGGGGACAGUGGCCACACCUCCCUCUCAGGUGCUGAAAGGCCGCUCUCCAACCCCCAGAGCCUCAAAGGAGGUGCGCUCACUGCUCACACCCAGGCAACGCUCAGUGCUCAUCGGCUUCCUAAAAUGCUUUUUCAAGUUUUUAUUUUUUUGUUUGGGGGGGGGGGGCUCUUAUUCCUCCUGGUCUCCCUCCUCUGAAUGUCGAUGCGAACGCACCACCACUGGGGAAUUUCAACACGGAGCAUGGCCUUGUUUACUUUUUAACAACUCAACUUAUUUUAAUGU